AAAUUCGUAUGUUUGUUGUUUGAAUGAAGAUGAGAUCAAUAAUGAAUCUUUUACCACGUGAACCCCUUAUUUUAAUGAUUUGACUCCCACCAGACCACCACCGAGGCUCUCUGGCAGACAUUUUGAGCCCUUGAAUUACCCACAAAUCCUUGCUACGUGACGUUAAAAAACGGGAUAAUGAGCAUGGAGGCGAAAAAAAUGUAAACAAAGAGUACGGCAUGUGUGUUCAGAAUGUCACAUUAAAUUAUAUACAUUUAAAACAUUAAGGAUUAAAGACGAAGGGCAAAAAACAUGAAAUCUGACAAAAUGUAUUCAUGAAGUAAUUUUACAAAAAGAUAAAACACUAUUUAAAAUGACUUAACUUCUGAGGAAAGAGCCUGAAAGACGUUCAAAUCAGAGAGUAAAACGUAUGACAUCAUUUCACGGAGGGGUCAGAGGGACAUGGCGCCGUAGAGUACCAGAGAGCAGCGGAGCACUGAGAUUCCCCAGCUUCGCGAGGGUCCCUGAAGUAGGUGAAAACUUGGUCAACAAGCCGCCAGUUGAGCAGCUUUCGGCUUCAUCCCGGGACGACUUCUGCUUCUCCGAGACUGAGGACCGGGUUCACCGCCCCGUCGUGUCUCCAUCUUGUCCCCGAAGAGACGGUAGAGUCGGGAUGCGUGUUUCUAUUGUGUGGAGGAGAAGCACAAGAAGCUCCAUGUGCGCAGAUUAACGGACUCUAACAAAAGACCCGCGCGCUGCUCGCCCCCCCCCCCCCUCCCCCAGCGCUUUCCGCGUGGGACUCCGGUUCUCCCGGGACACCGGACUCUGGUUAGUUCCGCCCCGGUCUGGCUCUCUAGUCCAGUUCAUUUUGACCCGGUUUCCCUAGUUUUAUUUCCACAAGAUGCCCCUGCUCCACCGGAGAGCCUUCGUCCGGCAGAGACCUCCAGCGGACCUGCGCCCGGACGAGGAGGUCUUCCUCUGCAAGAUCACCCACGAGAUCUUCAGAAGCUACGAUGAGUUCUUCGAGAGGACCAUCCUGUGUAACAGCCUGGUGUGGAGCUGCUCACUGACGGGCCGGACCGGGCUCACCUACCUGGAGGCCACAGACAGCGAGCGGCGGGCCCGGCUGAGCCUGCAGAGCUUCUCUGUGUCUCUGCUCCACCCGCUACUCCACCUGGCCGCACACAGCCGCUGCUGCAGGCUGACGGAGCUCUGCGAGGUCGUCUAUGCCUUUGUCAAGGACCGCUUCUUCCCUGGGGAGACGGUGGACGUGGUGGGACGCAACGGGGCGAGACAUGUGUGUGAGAUCCUGCAGGUCCUCUCUCCUCACUCCAGUGCUAAUGGUCGCUCUAAACCAUCCGGCGGCGACGCCAUCGUCAUCAGCGACAGCGACGAGGAGAGCGAAGCCUUCCAGAGUCCCACAGUCAACGGCAGGAAGAAGAGGAAGAAGAAGCCUUUGAGUCCGUCAGUUUUUAAAUACAUGGUGAGGAUGAUGAAGGCGGAACACUCGGAGCCGUUCACUGUGAAAGCCAAUCACAUCAGUCGCAGGAAGACCAGCGUCUCCAAAGAGAGGCUGAAGCUUCUGUUCAAGCAGCACUGUGAACCUCAGAACGGGACCAUCGUCCUCAAGUCCUCCACUGUGACAAAGUACCGGCUGUCUGAACAAUCCUUCUCUCAGUUCUUCCCUGAUGAGCCCCCCCUCUUCCCCUUCAGCCCUCCCGCUAAGGGUGGGCGUGGCUCACCUGGACAGGCCAGCUCGUCCCUCAGCAAGGCCGCAGAAGAGAAGCUGAAGCUUCUGCAACAGAAAGACGACAUGGCAGCUGCAGCGAAGGACCGAGUGCGUCUAAAGAAGGAGAAGGAGGACGUGCAGGAGGCCAGGAGGAGGGAGAGGGAGGACCGGGAGAGAACCAAGGAGGACCAGAGAAAGAGGUUUGAGGAGGAGAAACUGAAGAGGAGGGAGGAGAAGGAGCGCAGGAAGCUGGAGAAGGACAGGGAGCGAGAGAAGCUGAAAGAGGAGAAGAAGAAGUAUGCAGAGCGCCUGAAGCUGUGGAGCAAACCCAGAGAGGACAUGGAGUGUGAGGACCUGAGGGAGCUGCCCAGUCCCGUCCCAGUGAGGACCCGUCUGCCCCCCCACCUCUUUGGAGAAGCUCUGAUGGUUCUGGAGUUCCUGCGGGCCUUCGGCGAGGUCCUCGCCCUGAAGGACGAGUUCCCCGAGGGAGUCUCUCUGGAGGUUCUGGAGGAGGCCCUGGUGGGUUCUGAUCCUGAAGGUCCUCUGUGCGAGUUGCUGUUCUUCUUCCUGUCGGCCAUCUUUCAGGCUCUGGACGAAGAGCAGGAGGACGUAGCUAAAGAGCAGGCUGAAGACCUCCCGGAGGCUCUGGAUGAUGACCACGAUGCCACCCAGUCGGCGCUCAGUGCGGUCGCCUCAUUGGCUGCCUCGUGGCCUCAGCUGCACCAGGGUUGCGGUCUGAAGCAGCUGGAUCUGGACAGCUGCACACUGUCCGAGAUCCUGCGGCUGCACAUCCUGGCGUCUGGUGCCGGCUGUUACCAUGGCAACGCCAAGUUCCGCUACCAGAAGCAGGGCGGGUUCACCUUGAUGGACGACCCGUGUGUGGAGCUGCGAUUGGCCGAGCCCUUGCUGCUGAAGAGACUGACCAGCACCUCUGUGUACGACCUGACUCCAGAGGAGAAGCUGAGGAUCCUGAAGGCUCUGAUGGGGAAGCUGCUGACGUUGGCCUCCAGCAGAGACCUAAUCGAGGACUGCGUGGAGGAUCAAAGAUCUGCUAAACAGGAGCUGAGAGAAAUCCGAUCCGAACAACACCGCAGAGACCGAGAGGAGGCUGCACUCAGGGUCCGUCUCCGUAAGGAGGAGAAGCUGAGGGAGCAGGAGACUAGGAUGAAGGAGAAGGAGGAGAGACUGAAGGAGCAGGAAAUUAAGGGAGGACUCUGCACCAACAGUGAGGCUCCUGUAAAACAUUUAAUUGAGGAAGACGAGGAGCAAAAGUCUUCAUUCAACAAGAUAACGGCAGACGUCAACCAGAUAGACAAUCAGCCGACCUCUGACCCCAAACCCCUGCCCUGCCCCCCCACUCUGCUAAGUGCCAAGGAGCAGGAGAAGGUUCGAGAGCUGCAACAGCGGAUCCAGAAGGCUGCGUCCUGCACCUGCCUGCUGCCGCUGGGUCGAGACCGCCUGUACCGCCGGUACUGGCUCCUCCCCUCGGCCUCCACCCUGUUUGUAGAGGAGGACGGCUUCGGCCUGACGGAAGACAUGCUGCGUCCACGGCCCAGACCCGCACAGGACGCCCCUGCCACGGUGGAGGAGGAGCUUUCCCAGGGGAGUGCUGGCACAAGCCCCACCCCCUUCAGCACCUGUGGGCCUCCAGUCAAAUGUCUCAACCAAUGGUUCUUCUACACCUCGAUGGAGGAGGUGGAUCUUCUGAUUGAGGCUCUGAACCCCAGAGGUCACCGAGAGAGCGGCCUGAGGGAGGCACUGCUGCAGGAGAGAGACAAACUGACCCACCUGAUGCAGAGCUGUGACAGGACCAAGUACAGUUCCACAGAUGAUCUGGAGUGCCGAUCUGUCCCAGAAUGGACUUCUGCAGCUGAGCACGUGAUGGAGGGGAGACUGAGAGACUUGUUGCUGGACAUUGAAGACCGAAUCCACCAGGGAACCUUGGGGACCCUGAAGGUGAUGGACAGGCGGGUGUGGCGCUCAGCACUGGGGGCAGGAAACUAUGAGCUGCUGUGUUCUGACGGAAGGAUGAACGCACGAGUGGAUCCUACGGAGGUGGACUCACCUGUCCACCUGAGAGUCAGAGACAGACUCCAGGAGCUGAGGUCUGACAGCGGAUCGGUGGCAGCGAGCAGCGGGGGCGGGACUCCUCAGCUGGUCAGCAGCUCGGUGCGAAUCCUUGCCCAGGCGCUCUCUCACAUUGAGCAAGGCAUCGAGAGGCGCUUCAUCAAAGCUCCGCUGGGAGACGAAGACUCAAAGAAAGAUCCGAAGCCCAAGAAGAACAAAAGGAAAGACGAGGACCAGGCCAGUGAUGACGGCAGUGACAGCGGUCGGGUCAUUAAGACGGUGUUGGAGCGAUGGAGAGAGUCCCUGCAGAUUUGCACAAGUCUGUCUCAGGUGUUUGUCCACCUGUCCAGUCUAGAGAGAAGUGUCCUCUGGUCUCGCUCCGUCCUCAAUGCUCGCUGUCGCAUCUGCAGACGCAAAGGAGACGCCGACAACAUGCUGCUGUGUGACAGCUGUGAUCGAGGACACCACACCCACUGCCUGAGACCCCGCCUCAAGGCGGUUCCAGAAGGGGACUGGUUCUGUCCGGACUGUCGACCUAAACAGAGAUCAAGCCGCCUCCCGUCCCGUCAGCGCUCUUCUAUUGAUGAAGACGAGGAAGAGCCAGAAGAGGAGGAAGAGGAGGAAGACGAGGAGGAGGAGGAGGAGGAGGAGGAAGAAGAGGAGGAGUCAGAGGAAGAAGAGGAGGAAGAGGAGGAGGAGGAAGAACCAGUAGUUGUCAGAACCAAGAAAAACCUGUUCCUGCCCACUAAAGGCAAAGGUCAACAGGCCACUGCCAAGAUCUGCACACCUACCUCGGCAGGGAAAAACGGAUCUGCCUCCAAGUCCUCAGGUAAGAAGGCCAACUCGUCUGCAGGUAAAGCUCCGGCCCGUUCUGGGAGUCGGCUCAGUGCUCGUCUGAGCCACGAGAUCUUGGCAACAAACACCAAAACCUCCUUGGCUCAGCCCGAGCCCCUCAAGAGGCAGCCGAAAGAGGUAGCUCCGCCUCCUAAACCCUCCAGACCCGUCCUUCCGCCCUCCUCCUCCUCCACCCGGCGCUCCUCCGGCAGGAACAAUGGCGUCCAUGAGCUGUCGGCCUGUGAGCAGCUGACUGUGGGGCUCGUCAGACAUGAGGACAGCUGGCCUUUCAUGAAGCUGGUGUCCAGGACUCAGGUGCCAGACUACUAUGACAUCGUCAAGAAGCCGAUCGCUCUCAGUACCAUCAGAGAAAAAGUCAACAACUGUGAAUAUCAGACAGCAGGGGAGUUUGUCUCCGACGUGGACCUGAUGUUCUCCAACUGUCUCCAGUAUAACCCUCGCCACACUAACGAGGCGAAGGCGGGACAUCGUCUGCAGCAGUUCUUCUACUCGGAGCUUAGCAGACUCGGCCUAUCGGAGCAAGGCGCCACUCCCCCGGCUAAGCGCUCCCGAUACUGAAUCAAACGCACCCUGUGACCUCCUGACCCCCUCCUUCCCUCCCCUCCCUCACACCUUGUGGUCUGCUAAAUUGCUGCUCUAUGACCUGAUGGAGCGCAGGAGUCAAAGGUUAAAACAAACGUUCUGAAGUUUUGUCGUCUUAGGGUUUAUGAAACGUUGAGCAGAUUUGACCUGCUGACCUUCAGGGUGUUUACUUCCUGUCCAUAUAUGUGGACAUGUAGCAACAUUCCAGUGGAGUUGGAGGACAAUGGAGACAGAUAGUUGGACACAGAUACGGUGGAGGACAGACCGUAAAGACAAUGGAGAAGGUAAAGAUAAUACAGGCAAUAGAGAAGGUAGGGACACAAGACAGACAAUGGAGAGAGACAAUAUAGACGGCAGGGACCAAGAAUAGAGCAAAUGGAGACAGGCAAUAGAGGCAAGUUCACACCAGCAUCAAAACAAUUUCCCAUCAGGCAUUUUGUUUUCUCUCAGGGACAAAAAUAAUUUAGAUUUAAAUGAGAAGUAUUUUUUUACCGAAGCAGAGCAUCAGCGGGCAACAAGGUCUCUUCAACGAGAUGUGAUUUUCAUUUAUGAAUAAAAGUGAAAUAAGUCAUCUGCAGCUGAAGGUCUGUCUCUCUCCUGUGUGUAAGGACUUAGUGUAGCAUAAAGACACCAGGUGUGAAAUGAAUAAGUGGAACUGUUCUUUUAGCAGGGUUUGUAGUUUGUUCUUCCUGCUUUGUUAAUGGGUUCUUCUUCUGUGGUGUUGGUGUAACUGCUGUGUCCGCCUCCCUGCUGUACACUACACUGGAGCCACUGCUGCCUAUUUAUUUAGUUCCUUGUUGGAUUUAUUUAUGACUGAUGGAAGCUUCCUGAUGCUCUUUGUUCUCAUGUAGAAAUAAACUGACUUUCAUAACGCAGGA